AUGGGUCACAACGAAGAUCCCCCGACCUCGGCUCAACACGACAUGUCGCCUCGAUCGACGUUUGAGGUUGCACAGCAGGCGGUUGAAUUCACCAAACAGUCCGAGAAACUCUCACAUCAAAGGUUGGAGGAUGACUCUGCGGCAAUAGCUGUGCAGGCCGAUUUCGUCACACCACAGGAUCCCGUCAUCGUCACAUCGGACGGCAACCGGUUGCCAGGCGUGCCAUUGGACGAAGCGCAUAAGCUCAACGUGCUGCGCGAAGACCUACAAGGACAGACGACGGAGGUAGAGAUUAAGAAGGGAAGCAAGCUUCAAGAAAAGAUCCCAAAUCCGGCUGCGCAUCAUCAUAAUGGAGAGGAAGAGCGGAAGAUCAUACAACUACCCGAUCCUGAAAAAGAUGAGGGGAAUGGACAGUCUUGGCAGCAGGACUCACAAGGAACCUUGAGGCAUACUAUGCCUCCAUCACAUACGAACCCAUUGUUCCCACCUCUACCACUAUACGGACCGCCGACUUUGUUACGCAAUAUCCAGUGCUGGUUUUUCAGGUCCACGUCGUUUGUGCUGAGCAUGGAGUUUCUUGGUGUGAUUGUACUCGGCUCGCUGUUUACAAGCAUUCCGAAAUGGUGCAAGGCACUGUUUCUGUCGAAUGAGGAGAAGAAGCGGCCGUUUUAUGAGCAGGAGCAGCAAAACGCUGCAAUCAGACAAGAGAAGGAAAAGGAUUGGGACCCGACGGGAUACCAGAGACGUUUGGAUGUCGAAAACGAAACCAUAGUGGACGAAUAUCCGCCGAUCGAGGGCGGUAAAGACCCCAUUAUCUGUGAUGUUGGUUAUUAUGCCCGCAGGGUUGGCCUUGACGUGGAGACUUUCAAGGUCGAGACUGAAGAUGGCUUCAUCAUUGAGCUUUGGCACGUCUAUGACCCCAAAGAGCAUGUACCCCUAGAUGAGACAAGCAGAGAGAAACUUGGCCCAACAGUCUUUCAGGAGCCAACUCAGCAGCCGGGAAAUCCGGGCAAGAAACGAAAGUUCCCCGUGCUGCUGAUGCAUGGCUUGCUUCAGAGUUCGGGAGCGUAUUGCUGCAACGAUGACCAGAGCCUGGCAUUUUGGCUCUGCAAAUCAGGAUACGAUGUUUGGCUGGGCAACAACCGCUGCGGCUUCAAGCCCCAGCACGUACUGCUCGAUUACGGCGAUCCACGCAUGUGGUGUUGGAAUAUUCGGCAGAUGGGUGUCUUUGACCUGCCGGCGCUCAUAUCGCGCGUCUUGCACGAGACGGGAUUCGAGAAAAUUGGCCUCAUCUGCCACUCACAGGGAACGACUCAGACGCUGGUAGCCUUAGCAAAAGAGCAACGGCCUGACCUGGGAGAGAAACUGACCGUCUUCUGCGCUCUGGCCCCUGCGGCAUAUGCUGGGCCACUCAUCGGCAAGAUGUACUUCAAGUUCAUGCGCAUCAUCUCUCCCGGCAUGUUCAGGCUCAUGUUUGGGAUCCACGCCUUCAUCCCCUUGAUGAUGCAGAUGCACGCGCUGCUGGAUCCCCGGCUGUACGGAUGGCUGGGCUACAAGGUCUUCUCGUUCCUCUUUGACUGGACCGACGAGAGAUGGGACCGAGGCCUGCGCAACCGCAUGUUUCAGUUCGCGCCCGUGUAUGUAAGUGCUGAAUCGAUGAGGUGGUGGCUCGGCCGCGAAUGUUUUGCCAAACACAAGUGCAUCCUGGCGACAAGGGAUGUCUUAAGAGAAGAAGAAAGCACGGAUGAAAGCGGUAGCAACGAAGACGACUCGGAAACCAGUGACGAAAACCUCCAAACUGGAGAUCAGAUUCACAAGAACCAACAUCGGCACCACAUUAAGGGCUCCACGGCAUGGUACAAUCACCAAGUGCCCCCAUUUGCGCUGUGGGUUUGCGGCGACGAUCAUCUAGUCGACGGAAAGAGGCUUCUCAAGCGCUUCGAGGCAGGUCGCGAGCCGCAUGUCAAAGUAGUGCACAGCAAAGUGAUUCCCGAGUACCAGCACCUGGAUGUCAUCUGGGCCAUGGAUGCGCCAGACCAGGUAUUUCGAGAAAUCCGCGAGGUGCUGUGGAAGACGUGCGACGUCAGGGACUCUUGCAGAAUCCCGGAAGGAUGCGAUACGGUGCCCAAGUGGGAACCAGCCGAGGUUGUGGCGAUGGAGGCGAGCGAAUAG